UUCACAUAGGGUCUGCUGGACAUAAGGGACACGAGCGAGCAGCGGCCAUUGUAAGAUAUAAAACCGAAAGUUCGCAUGAAGUGCGCUGUUGUUGUUAUUACUGGCGCAAGACAGACCUAACGGCGACAAUAACAGCGCGCAGUGCUUUGGUUGAAUAAUCGCAUGUGUGCGUACACAAUAUAUUCGACCGACCACAUUACAACAUGGAUGCCGAGAGGAGGAUUAUGAGUAUUCGGCGGGGGAUGAGGCCGGUGGAACGUUAUGUGGAGGAAUUCUUGGAUGUUUGUCAUCUGGUGAGUUGGAGCGAUGCCAUGGUUAAUACGUGUUUUCUAAUGGGGCUAAAUGAUUCCCAGUUGCUCAGUUCCAUACCCUAUGAGGAUCGCUAUAAACCGGUUGCUGAAUUUAUCAACCAGGUCCUCACCCUCUGUCAUUCCGAUUUUUACGUGGAUGUGAAAGAUUCCAAUCUUUCCCCCAUUAGAGAACACGUUGCCGCUCCAGCCCACCAUCAACCGGCUUCCUCCACAUGCCGUCCCAACCGGUCCACUCCCUCUGGUCUUCCUGCGCUUCCUCCUGUUCAUACUCCCUCCUCUCUCAUCGUCAGUCCGGAGAUCGCGGCCAGCCCUCCAAGGUCAUGGCCAACCGUGGUGGCCAGUGUGCUGGACCCCCCGCUAAUGUCAGCAUGGGCAGCGACGAUCCGAGUGUCCACCCCUGCUUGCACCAUGGAACCCGCGGCGAGCACUCGGACACCGCCCAUGGCACGCAAGAUGGCUGCCGCCACGCCAGAGUCGGCACGCAAGAUGGCUGCCGCCACGCCAGAGUCUGCACGCAAGAUGGCUGCCGCCACGCCAGAGUCUGCACGCAAGAUGUCUGCCGCCACGCCAGAGUCUGCACGUAAGAUGGCCGCCUUCACAGAGCCAGUUCACAAGAUGGCCGCCUUCACAGAACCAGUUCAUAAGAUGGCCCACGUGCUGGACUCACCCCUAAUGGCUGUAUGGGGAGCAAAAAAGGCGAUCCGUCACGUCACGGCCACUGCUGCACAACCACGUCAGGCAACUGAGUCACGUCAGGCAACUGAGUCACGUCAAGCAACUGAGUCACGUCUAGACACAGCUGCUGUUCUCCAUGAGUCAAGCCAAGGUACAGCUGUUGAUCUCCAUGAAUCAAGCCAAGUUACAGCUAUCCCUUCAGAGCCAAGUCAAGUCACAGCUGUUUCACUUGAGCCAGGUUACGCCUCAUCUGACCACCCAGAGCCUAGUCACAUCUCGUCUAACCACUCCAAGCCUAGGCAUGCCUCGUCCGAUGGCCCAGGGUUGAGUCACGUCCUGUCCAACGGCCCAGUGUCUAGUCACAGCCCAUCCGACAUCCCAAGGUCACGACCUAACAUGACAGCCAGCGUAUUGGACCCACCACAACCACCCGCUGCGGCUCUUCCUUUGAUGGCAGUUGCUAUCUGGUGUGUAUGGGCUGCACACUGUGCCCCUGAGGCCAUGUCUGUUCAUACGUCAGUUUCUGAGGUCGCAUCUGGUCACCACCCUGCUCCAGAGCGCUCGUCUGAUCACAAGCCCGCUCUGGGACCACCCUCGGUCGGGGAAGCUGCGCCAAUGCCUCCAGAGGUGUCAGCCACGGCUGUAGAUCCUCCAAUGGAGGCGGCGUCCCUCAACAACCUUUCUGCUUCUCCCCCUAUUCUGUCUGCCUCCUCUAUCUCUGCUUUCCCCAGGUCCCAGGCCAGGAGACGGUUUCCUGCUCCGCUCCAGCUCCCGCCUGGUCUCAGGCCUGCUCCAGAGUUCCUGUCUGGUCUCAAGUCAGCUCCAGGGCUCCUGUCAGUUGGUGAAGCUGUGCCAAUGCCUCCUGAGGUGUCUGCUUCUGCUGUGGAUCCUCCUUCGGAGGCAGCGCUCCCCCACAGACUCUCUGCUUCUCCCUUUCUUCUGUCCACCUUCUCUAUCCCUGCUCUCCCCAGGUCCCAAGCCUUGACGCAGUUGCCCUGGAAGGCUCCUGAACCAGAGCCCUGUCCAGCGCGCCCUCCUGAGCCGGAGCCCUGUCCAGCUCGCCCUCCAGAGUCGGCUCCUCCUCCAGCGCGCCCUCCAGAGUCGGCUCCUCCUCCAGAGCGCCCUCCUGCGUGCCCUCCAGAGUCGGCUCCUCCUCCUGCGCGCCCUCCAGAGUCGGCUCCUCCUCUAGCGCGCCCUCCAGCGCGCCCUCCAGAGUCGGCUCCUCCUCCAGCGCGUCCUCCAGAGUCGGCUUCUCCUCCAGCGCGCCCUCCUGCGCGCCCUCCACAGUCGGCUCCUCCUCCAGCGCGCCCUCCUGAGUCAGCGCGCCCUCCUGAGUCGGCUCCUCCGUCAGCGCGCCCUCCUGCGCGCCCUCCUGCGCGCCCUCCUGAGUCGGCUCCUCCGUCAGCGCGCCCUCCUGCGCGCCCUCCUGAGUCGGCUCCUCCGUCAGCGCGCCCUCCUGCGCGCCCUCCUGAGUCGGCUCCUCCGUCAGCGCGCCCUCCUGCGCGCCCUCCUGAGUCGGCUCUUCCGUCAGCACGCCCUCCUGAGUCGGCUCCUCCGUCAGCGCGCCCUCCUGCGCGCCCUCCUGAGUCGGCUCCUCCGUCAGCGCGCCCUCCUGCGCGCCCUCCUGAGUCGGCUCCUCCGUCUGCGCGCCCUCCUGCGCGCCCUCCUGAGUCGGCUCCCCCGUCGGCGCGCCCUCCCGCGCGCCCUCCUGAGCCAGCACCUUAUCCAGCGCUCCCUAGGGCUGGUAGAACCCUAAUUUCCCCCAAGGAGUUUUUGGGGGGGGUACUACUCCCUGGAUUAUCCAUGGCCGCCUGGACUAUACCCUUGGCCAUGGCUCCCGGAACUCCCAGACCCACCAUGGCCGCCUGGACUAUACCCUUGGCCAUGGCUCCCUGAACUCCCAGACCCGCCAUGGUCCCUGGACCCACCCUGGAGGCACCACCCUGCUUCCCCCGUGUCCGCCUGGCACAGCCUCCAGGGCGCCCACCCUCCCACCCAUUUGUGUAUAGUUACGGCGCGAGUCGCGCCUUAGGGGAAGGGGGGGUAAUGUCAGGAUUGUGUUCUGUUUUGUCUUGUUGUUACUUCGUGUUUUUCCCUGUUCCGUGGAUUUAUGUUUGUUUUUGCUGGACUUUGUCACCUUUCUUUAAUAAAGUGUUUUGUUAUA